UAUGUCCGACCGUCGGCCGUCUGCUGAUUGGAGCGAAAAGUGAAGCCAGUCGAGUCUGUUCUCUGUCGACUGAAACCGUGAACUGUGGUUUAUUUUUCUUGAAAAUUCUUAGUAAAAUACCAAAUAUCCCGUUUAAAAUGGGCGAAGAUUCAACAUCCCACUAAGAACAACGCAUUCAAGGUUAGUAUAGCACGUAGAAACGACACGAUAGCCGUAUUCAGCUGAAAAUUCUUCGCUAAAAAAAGCAGCCAUAUGUCGUAGCCUUGUGUUCUACUUUAGACUUUGCUGGUUAUUAAACCCGUGAUAAGCGUUUACAGAACAAUAUUUUCCAUAAACAAUAGUGCAUGCGUGGAAAAAUUGAUUUUCUUUGAAGUUCGUUGGGUACCGGUGUUUUUCCAAGAAUUCGUCUGGGAGGCAGGAUACGUAUAUCUCCGUCCUUUAUUUAUCUUUUUUUGUCCCGGUGCUCGGUCAUUGAUGUGAUCUCUCAGGAAUGUGGUAGGGCUGGAUACUUUAGUAGUCGCGGGGGACGCGCGGUGAAGGGGGAAAGAAUGUUGGAAAUCGUGAAUGGUUCUGAAUUCUAAGGAGACGUUGCCGUUUCGUAUUCAGGCAUCCUCGAGUGCUCUUGUACUCUCUUUCCUGUGCAUUGUACUUGCGACGUUUCCUUCUAUUACUGUGGACGUGGAUACGGAAAAUCGAUUGUUUUCCACUAUCAGUUGUUUUUGUUUAGUGUUUGACCGUCGGAAGUUUGUUAAUGUGCUUUGUGCAGGAUGACUUGAUUCUGUACUGACGAUUUAGGCGUUUAUUGUGCAGCUUUCCAAUAAGAGAGAGUUUGCUAACGGAUGUGGAAGUCCAUCUUCUCAUCGACAAACUGAAAAUGUCCAACAUUUGUAUUCAUCCAUUGAGAUCUUAUCUAGAUCAAACAGACAACGGCUCUAAGAAAGAUCAGCAUACUCCAGAUUCACCAGAUCCACAUGUGCUGUACUCAUCUCUAGAAGAUAGACUGAAAACCUUUGAUAAUUGGCCCAAUAAACAGAUAUCCAGCAAGAGUUUAGCAGAAGCAGGGUUCAUCUAUAAGGGCGAAGAUGAUAUCGUCGUAUGUCCUUUCUGUAAUAUAGAGGGGUACCAUUGGUUGUCGGAUGAUAAUCCUAUGGCAGAUCAUAGAGUCUGGAGUCCCAAUUGUACAUUUUUGAUGUCUAACAUUGAACACGACCAUUCCGAAAGUAGGACAGAAGAUACAUGUGGACUGUAUGGAGUGGAAGUACUGCCCAACUCUGUACCAGAAGGAAAUAUCAAUUUAGACUUGAGUAAAUUAGGUAUCCAAAAAAGUAAAGGCCCCCAGUAUAACGAUAAAAUAACAUAUGAAAGUAGACUAGCCACAUUCGACAGUUGGCCGAAGUCAAUAAAGCAGAAACCCGUAGACUUGGCGGAAGCCGGAUUCUUUUACACCGGUGUAGGCGACCAAACCCUGUGCUUCUAUUGUGGAGGGGGGCUUAAAGACUGGGAAGAUAACGAUGAUCCAUGGGAACAGCACGCGCUGUGGUUUAGUAAAUGCGUCUAUCUGAACCUAAAGAAGGGUAAAGACUACAUCGAGAAAAUCAAGAAAAAAGAGGAGGCCCAUCAGCCUGCCACCAGCAGCUCUCAAACCAAAGAUGAACCGACGGCUUCCGUGUCCGCGGUGAAGAGUGACACGUCUGAGAAGGACGAGGAGGCGAGCGCGGCGGAGAAGACUUUAUGUAAGAUAUGUUUUAAGAACGAACUAGGCGUUGUUUUCCUACCUUGCGGACAUAUCAUCGCUUGCGUGGACUGCGCUGCAGCACUGAAAAGCUGCGCGGUCUGCAGAAAACCUUUAGAAGCCACUGUUCGAGCGUUCCUAUCGUAGUUUUUCUAGUCAGGAGAAAGAGAAACGGAAUUUAAAACUUAGUAUUUUCAAAUUUCAAGAAAUAUAUUUUUAUACAGUUUGAGUACAAACUUAAUUUACCUAGUUUUUAAGUCUCACACGACACGCUUUUACUUUUUUUAUCAACAACUGAAGCGCUUAUUUUUUAGAAAGAUACACUCUUUUAUAGAUUAGUGACUGUAAAUUAUUUCAACAACCUAACAACCAAUUAGUGAUCAGUUGCAACUAAGAGGUGCACGUACUAUGGGUUUUACUGUAAAACUGAUACGACAAAUUAAGUAUAUGUUUGUGUGUAUGUUACGUAAAUAUGAGUACAAUAUAAUAAUUUAUGAAAUUUGCC